CCCAAACCCCCAACCCAAAGAUCAAGAGCCACUCUAGCGCUACCUGACUGAGCCAACCAAACACUCCUGGAAUGGUGUUUUUAAAAUGGAAUAUUAAAAAAAAAAAAAAAAAAAAAAAGGAAUGGUGAUGAGGCCCCGCCCCUCCACUCACCCCUAGAAUUAAAUCCAGAUUUGUUCCCCAGCUUCCAGGGCCCGCCUCCACCCUCCCUGGCUUGGUCUCCUGAGCCACCUUCCUGCUCCAGCCUCACCCAGCAAACCUCAGGGUUCUUUCACUUCCUCAAUCUGGCAGAGCCUUUUUUCACCUUGGGACUUUGGUACCUGUUGUUCCCUUAGCCUGGAACGUCCUUCCCUCUACGCUGUGUGGCUGGUUUCUUGUCCUCCUUCAGACAUAGCUUUCAGAAACCCUCUCUGCUGCAACCCUCCCUGGUGGCUUCCUAAGCCUGUUUUCCUUUCUGUCCUUUGUAGCACGCAUUACAUAUUAACUGCCCACUGCUCAUUAGAUGGCUUUUCCCCUCAUUACACUCUAAAUGUCAUGAGGUCAAAGUCGUGUCUCUUUGGUCCACCAUUAUUCACCCAGUGCCUAGCACAACUCCUGGCAUGCAGUGGGCAUUCAAUACCUUAAUAACUGUACAAUGACUGCAUGGUCCACAGAAGGUGCUCGUAGUUAAGGAACCCUGGUAAACUCGUCCAGCUUCGGCCAGAGCUGUUCCAUCCUCCUUCUGCAUACCUUUGCUUCAUCUUCCCUACAUGGAACAGUGGCAGAAGUCUAGAAGAAAAUCAGGAAGCCAUGGGCGGGCAGGAGAGUGUCAGCAGGUUUUGCUUCAGGUUUCAACUGAGUCAGGGUGGAUGGCGCCCUAGGAGGAGCACCAGGGAGACUUGGUUCCCCCAAACUCCCUGCACGCUUCCUGGAUUCCUACGAGAGACUCACGGCUCCGGGAAUCUCCUGAUAGGUGCAAACACUUAGUGCGUGGUGAUUAGCACACAUCCAGCAGCCUAGCUGGGGGACCUUGGGUGAGAGUCACUUCUUGGCUCCCAUCUGCAAUGUGAGUGGUUAGGAUGGAGAAGUGAUUUUUCGACUUUUUUUUGUCCCCCCUCGGCAGCUCAACUUUUCAACUUAUUCAAGUGAUUGAUAGGAGAAAAGCUAGGUGUUUCUGGGUGAAAUGGGGAAGUGGGGCUGGAACUCUCCUCCUUCCUGACUCCCUCUUUUAAGUCCCCAAGGGUGGUGAGAUGGCCAGCCUUCGGACUCUAAGACCUCAGUGGUCACUGCCUGCCAGGCUGUGUUCUAAGAACAAAGAUGGCAGCAAGAUUGCUGUGGUUACAGCAACUUGGGCACAUUAAAUUAUCAGAAAGGUUGGGUACCUGGCUGGAUCAGUCGGAGGACCAUGCACCUCUUGAUCUCUGGGUCAAAAGUUUGAGCCCCACGUUGGGUGUAGAUGUUACUUAGAAAUAAACAAAUUUGCUGAAUCUGAGGUACAGAGAUUUUAGGCUGUGUAGCCAUCAAGUUCACAGCCACCCAAGUGCAGGGUGGGCAGCCUCUGUGUGAGGAGGUUUUAGCCAUUUUAGAAAAGAAAUGAGGGCCCAGGAGAGCCCAGAGGCUCACUUACCCUCUCCACAAUCUAGAAAAAGGAAAUUGCCACCCCUACCUUCCCAGGCCAUGGAGACCUUCAAGGUCUUGAAGAGACCACCCACAAGCUUGCAGAUGUUUGGCUUCCACGGUUGGUUGUUCGCCACACCCUGGGGGAACCCUGCUCCCCCACCUCCCUGCCCCUGCCACCCAGGCAGCUUUGUGGCCUGUGCCAUAGGCAGUUGCGCUCAAGAGGCUGCAGCCCCGGCCACCUGGCACCUCCAGGUGCUGCGUGUGUGCUGCCAUGGAGACGGGCCGGGUUGGUGGCUGGUGGAGAGAAGGCAGUCUCCCAAAGCGGUGUGGAUUCAGGAGAGGGAAAGACUGGAGCCUCGGGUCCUUCAGGUAGUCUGCCUGACCACCCUAGUACCAAGGAAGCCUAGGACAUUCCUGCCAGGCCUCCCAGCGUCUCAUCUGAGGAUGGCAGAGGGGCAGGGCCAGGAGCCCGAGUGCCCUGUCUGCUGGAACCCCUUCAACAACACAUUCCAUACCCCCAAAGUGCUGGACUGUUGUCACUCCUUCUGUGUGGAGUGCCUGGCCCACCUCAGCCUGGUGACCCCAGCCCGACGGCGGCUGCUGUGUCCGCUCUGUCGCCAGCCCACUGUGCUGGCUUCUGGGCAGCCGGUCACUGACUUGCCCACGGACACUGCUGUGCUCACCCUUCUUCGCCUGGAGCCCCAUCAUGUCAUCCUGGAAGGCCACCAGCUCUGUCUCAAGGACCAGCCCAAGAGCCGCUACUUCCUGCGCCAGCCCCGGGUCUACACACUUGAUCUAGGCCCUGAGCCUGGGAGCCAAACAGGGCCGCCCCCAGACAUGGGUGCUACCACCAGGUCUCUGCCCAUUCCCAUCCCUAGCCGCUACUCUCUGAGGGAGUGUUUCCGCAACCCUCAGUUCCGGAUCUUUGCUUACCUGAUGGCUGUUAUCCUCAGUGUCACUUUGUUGCUCAUCUUCUCCAUCUUUUGGACCAGGCAAUUCCUCUGGGGUGUGGGGUGAGUGCUGUUUCUGGACAAGGAACCAAGCCUUUAAAAACAAUUUUUCCCCCCAAAUUCUUAUUAAGUAGGCUCCAUGCCCAGCGUGGAGCCCAACAUGGGGCCUGAACUCACGACCCCAAGAUCAAGACCUGAGUUAGCAAGAGUCACACACUUACCCAACUGAGCCACCCAAGAGCCCUGGAUCUAAGCCCUUCUUGACUACUGCUGGGGACGGGGACUGCACAGCCUCAUUUGGGGUUGUCUUCCUUCGUAGUACUGCUAAUUUUUACAACGUAUCAGUCCAUAUGUUUGCUUCUGGAAACAGAUUCCUAACUAUGAUUAGAACCUCUGAAAGCUAAAAGGCUGGGAAAAGAUGUGAAGAGACCUCUGGGUGUGAGCCAUGGGGCCAAGGGCAGAGAAGCAGAUCUGUGAUUACAGGGCUACGGAGCAAGUUGUGCCAAAAGGCUGGACCACGGUAUCCAGGAGCCCGACUAGCCCAGAGAGAAAGUUGCAUUUCUCAAUGGAGUUGCUUCGGACUCAGUUCAUGUUUGAGUUGCUCCUUUUAUUGUGUUGCUAAGAUUUUGCAAAGUGAGCUUCAAUUCUGUGAGCAAGUGUGUAUGCCUUCUUUCAGUUUUCUCUUUGGAAGUCUUGCCACCAGUCCCAGGAAAAAAUAGUGUGGACUCACGAAUUCACGCACUUACUCAUUCAACCACCACUUACUUGGCCCAUCUGUGUCAGAACUAAGGGAUGCAACGGGUGGGAUUAUCCAUGGGUGACAGACAGCCUUUACCACCAAGGAGGGCAUGUUCACUCAGUGGCUUCUUGAACCAGACAACCUGUCAGUAUGUGCUUUAUGGAGUGUUUAGAGUAUAAAAGUUUAAAGAUGAAAAGAAACCAGGUCAGUGGGUCAAAAGAAAUCUGGGAUUUGGAGAAAAGGUGUUUAUUUCUCCUGUUAGGUGCAGAGGCUCCGAUUUAACCUGGAUGUUGGGUAGAGCCCACUCCCCUCCUCCAGCCAAUGGAAUUCUGACCUUGAGAGGUAAAGCCGAGAAGCCCUGGACAGAGGAACAGCCUUAGCUUCUAUGCCAGGCCAAGCAGACAGGGGACCCUGGUCUUCAUUUUACAUGACAGGAUCUCAGAACCAAGGCAAACUAGAUGCUUUGGCUGUCUGGCUAUAAGGUGUUACCUCUGCAGUGUAUAAACCCCCUGCUGCUUCCCCAGUUUUAAUACUGCCGUGUAGCCCACGGCUCUGGAACAGUCUCAAAGUGGUUAAAACACCAUCACAAUUAUGAAAAGAUCUUGAUUUGCAGAAUAAACUUUCAGAGGUCAGAAA